UGAUAAUAAUCAACAACUUGUUAAUUAUCACUAUUAAUUCACAUGUUAUGUAAAGAAUUUAAUUUCUUCAAUGAAAUAAAAUUUAAAAAAAAAUAUAUGUGGAUAAUGAAGGAAUAAAGAUGGGCAUCUUUUUCUCAGCCUUUUUAACUCCAUCUCUCUCCUUAUUUCUUUCUUCCCUUAGCAGAGAUAUAUUGAUUUUGAGCUCUGACAAUGGCCUAGUUUUCCUCUAUCUCAAAUAGAAGUUCAGAUGAUGAUGACGACGAUGAUGAUCAUGAAGCACGUGUACACUCAGAUUUCCAUCUCUUCUUCAGUUCAGUGAAAAUAAACUCAGUUUAUUAGAUAUAUUUUGAAGAAGAAGAAGAAGAUUUGAUUAUGGCGACUUUCUUUCAUGGGAAUCCAACUGAGCUUCAAGCGCCAGAUGGCCUUCAAACUCUUGUUCUCAUGAAUCCAACAACUUACGUUCAUCACCACCAGCAACAACAAUUCUCUGACGCCACUACUGCGCCACCGCAGCAACCUCCGCACAACAAUCUCAUUUUCCUCAACUCGGCCCACGCGCCGGAGCAGGCGCCUCCUCCCAACGCUUCCCACUUCGUUGGCAUCCCCACCACUUCUCCCGACGAAAACAUCACCUCUCUGCAUGGCCUCCUGCCACGCUUUCAUUACAACUUCUACAACAACCCCAAUUACCCUACCCAGCAAACGCGUGAAACCGCACGCGCCAAGCAAGGGCUCUCCCUGAGCCUCUCGCCGCAGCAGCAGGCAGGUUACGGCCAAGCCCAGGCGGUCUCAGGUGAAGACAUGAGGGUCUCCGGUGGGUCGGCGUCUUCCGGUUCGGGUGUCACCAAUGGAGUUUCGGGUAUUCAGAGCGUGUUUCUGAGCUCUAAGUACUUGAAGGCCGCUCAAGAACUUCUUGAUGAAGUUGUUAAUGUAAAUAACAGCGGGAUCAACAAUAAAAAUGAAUUUUCAAAGAAGGGAAAUGGAUACAGUAAUGGAAAUACUAGUAAGGUGAUCGGAGAAUCAUCGGCCGCGGCGUCGGGAGAUGGUGCAGAGACCUCCGGGAAGAAAGCCUCCGAGAUAACAACCGCCGAGAGACAAGAAAUUCAGAUGAGGAAAGCUAAACUUAUUAAUAUGUUUGAUGAGGUGGAACAGCGGUACCGGCACUACCAUCACCAGAUGCAGAUAGUGAUAUCUUCAUUUGAACAAGCAGCAGGAAUUGGGUCAGCAAGAACAUACACAGCUCUUGCGUUGAAGACAAUUUCCAAGCAAUUUAGGUGCUUGAAAGAUGCAAUUACAGGGCAAAUUAGAGCGGCAAAUAAGAUGUUGGGUGAAGAAGAUUGCCUCGGAGGAAAACUGGAAGGCUCAAGGCUGAAGUUCGUCGACCACCAUCUUCGACAGCAACGAGCUCUUCAACAAUUGGGAAUGAUCCAGCACAAUGCUUGGAGACCCCAGAGAGGCCUGCCCGAAAGAUCAGUUUCAGUUCUUCGCGCUUGGCUAUUCGAACACUUUCUUCAUCCUUACCCGAAAGAUUCGGAUAAGCAGAUGCUCGCCAAGCAAACAGGGCUUACCAGGAGCCAGGUUUCGAAUUGGUUCAUCAAUGCUCGAGUUCGACUGUGGAAACCGAUGGUUGAAGAGAUGUAUUUGGAGGAAAUCAAAGAGAAUGAACAGAAUGGAUCUGAGGAGAAAACAAGCAAAAGUGAUCACAAUGAAGAUUCCGCUUCAAAGUCCACUGCUCCACAAGACAAAAGUCCUGCAUCCGAGAGCCGAAGAAAAGCCUUCAAAUCCAACAAAGAAAUCUCCUCAAACCAGAAUUCUCACUCUGUCAUUCAAAUGUCCACAGUUUCAACCUCUCCAAUGGGAGCAACUGCUCGAAACCAAUCAGGAUUUUCCCUCAUUGGUUCAUCGGAACUCGAAGGUUUCACUCAAGGAAGUCCAAAGAAACUGCGAAGCAACGAGAUUAUGCAGUCUCCGAGCAGUGUUCCAUCUAUAAAUAUGGAUAUAAAGCCUGUUAAUCACACAAACAACGAGCAAGUUUUAUUGAAAUUUGACAGUGAUAGACAGAGCAGAGAUGGUUACUCAUUCAUGGGGAACCAGAUGAACUUCAUCCAAGGAUUCGGGCAGUACCCAAUCGAAGAAAUUGGAAGAUUUGAUACAGAACAAUUCACGCCAAGGUUUUCAGGCAAUGGAGUUUCCCUCACUCUUGGCCUCCCACAUUGUGAAAACCUGUCAUUGUCAGCAACACACCAGACUUUUCUCCCCAACCAAAACAUUCCACUGGGGAGAAGAGUAGAAUUAGCCAAUGAGGCAGGCGAGUUCGUCGUAAACCCACCAACACCUCACUCUUCAGCUGCAUAUGAGAGCAUAAAUAUUCAUCAGAACAGAAAAAGGUUUGCAGCUCAAUUGUUGCACGACUUUGUGGCUUGAAAAAGAGCUAUAGCUUUCAGGAAGUGGUAUCUUUUCACUAUAUCUUGCUGUUCCCUGUAGCAUUUUGGGAACAAGAGAAUGCAAUGGUAGUGUAAAGGAAUUAAGAAGAAGAUGAAAAUUUACGUAGUAUAGGUUUAUACUUUGCAUAGAACCAUUUGCGUUCGUAGAUAGCUUAGGAUUUGAGCAUAUGGAUUGAGGAUUGUAUAUUAAUUUUGUAAGUUUUGAAGAUGGAUAGAUGGGAUUGAUAUAAGAAUUAGUUAUAUGGGUUAAUACCAAUAUAUAUAGUUAUUGUGAUUAUUUAUGGGGUUAAUUUUUAUCUUGUAUUUCUUUCAAUAAAAAAAAAAACAAUUUGCGGGAACAAA